AUGUUGUCUACAACUGAGUAUGCUGAAAUAUUUUUCAGGCGUGUCAAGCUAACUGGUUUUCAUAGUGGUCCUAGUGAUAGUUGUAUUCAAAAGGUGGAGCGGCUGGCUUCAAUAAAACAAAAGCAAGAUGAAGACAAAGCUGCAGCAAGACUUCAUUCAUUCAACUCUAGUUGCAAAAGUAACGAACUUGCCAUUCCAUCUUCAGAUAAAAUUGAAAGGUUUCAAUCCCUCAGGUCUACAAAUUUUGCAAAGCCAAGGUCAUCGGACAUUCAGGAGCAUGUACCUGUGCGAUAUCCUGAAAUUGUUCUCUGUGUUGAAGUUUAUCAUAACAUACGAAAAUGGGUAAAGACUCAAGAGUUCUUGGUACUAGGACGACAAACCUUGACUGAAUUGAGAGAUAAAAUUUAUUGCUUGACAGACCAAGUGAUGCAGAAGGCUGGAGAGCAUGAUCCUUCCGGAUAUUUCUUGAUAGAAGAUGCAUUUUACAAUGAUUUAAGAGAUCCCUCUGCCAUAGAUUAUAGCAAACCUAUAUUUGAUUGGCUUAGGAACUCCAAGGAUGAAGCUCUUAAAAAAUGGGAAUGCAUCAUAAAUGGUGAAUUACAGCAAAAGCAGAAGGCAAUCCUUGGUACUGUGUCAACCUCACAUUUGCCUCACUUCAGAGCUUUUGACAUGCACACAACAUGGUUUCGUGACUUGAGAUUUCGACUUGGUGCAGCAUAUCUCUACUGUCAUCAGGGAGACUGCAAGCAUACGAUAGUAAUUAGAGAUAUGAGAUUGAUUCAUCAGGAGGAUAUGCAGAAUCGAGCAGCUUAUCCAAUAGUCAUAUUUCAGCUAAAACCACGUACACAGAAAUGCAGUGUUUGUAGGAUUUACAGAGCAAAGAAGGUAGCUGUGGAUAACAAGUGGGCUCAAGAGAACCCUUGUUAUUUCUGUGAUUACUGUUAUUCCCUUCUUCAUUCAGUGGAUGGAAUUCCACUGUAUGAAAAUUGUUCAGUGUAUGAUUAUCUCCAUGAUUAAUUACUCGCAUAGAAAUACUUAACAUAUUGAAGAUAACCUCCAUUUGUUAUCCAUGCUUUUUUUUAUGAUUAAGAUGAGUUGCUACGUUGGCUGUAGUUGCUGUGAUUAUAACUUGUAUGUCAUAACUGAAAAAAAGGUUCGAUUUUCAAACGGUAAUGAAGUAGGAAACAACUCAACCGAUUGUAUUGUAGUUGUAUGGCUGGUGGCUUCUGGAGUUUGGUUUUGGUAAAAACAUGAGGCUAUCACUGAGUGUUGGGACAAUUUUAGGUUGUCUUUUGCAAAAUCAAUUUGAGUUUACACUUUGGGCUCCUUGCACAAGUAAAUGGAUUAUGGUAGACUGAUGGCUAAUUCUAUGACAGUUUUAUCUGGUUUUUAUAUGCAGUAAAAUGCUUCAAAUGACUUCAAAGUGGCUGAAAAUCUUGUAACUUAGAUGACUUCUUUUGGA